AUGGAAGAGUUGUUUGAUGCUUCUGUUACUUAUAUUAACUCAUUACCUAACGAUAGCCAAUUAUCAGUUGAGACUAAGCUAGAUUUAUACAAAUAUUAUAAACAAAGUACUGUAGGUAAUUGUAAUAUAAAAGAACCAAGUCAUUUUAAAUUUGCUGAUAAAAAAAAAUAUGAUGCUUGGAAAUCAGUUGAAAAUUUAAAUAGAGAAGAUGCUAAGAAAAGAUACGUUGAAAUCGUUUCAGAAAUUUUUCCUAAUUGGCAAAAUAAAGAAUAA